AUGAUAAAAGAAGAAAAUGGUGAAAACACAAGCCAUGGCAUUGAGGAGAAGAAAGAGGAGGUCCUUAAGCAAAGCAAAGAAGUCAGGAGCGAUGCAGAUUCCUUUUUUGAAGAUACUGAUGUUGCAAGCUAUAGGCUGUACAAGGGAGACGGAGGACACAGGACUGUGAGGCAGGUGAUAAUAAUAGAGAAGCAGCCCACUCUCGGGGAUGUUCUACAAAGGAUAGCAGUUAUAUCUGUGUAUGCACUCAUUAUCCAGACCUUCUUUACUGCAUGGAAGAAAAUAAACAAGAAAACACAUGAUGUUUGCGUUUUCUUGAUACUUCUGCUAUUCCCCCCGGGAUUCUUUCUAUUCAUGCAGUCAUACUUCCUUCCUUUCUGCUGGCUGCUGUUUUCAGGCUUUAUGCUUUUUAAUACACUUAAGGUCAUGAAAGGGCCUCUUGGAAAGAACGUGAUGAGAGACAUUUACGGGGUGUUCAGGUCGUUGUUCAUCAUCUCAAACCUGGGGACUCUCCUGGGGCAGUCCCUCACUUUUGUUUUUUUCUAUCUGAAGCCCGAAUACCUGGGAUACACUCUUUCUAUCUUAUUAUUCUUCCUGUACUUCGGGCUUUUGAGUAGAGAGGUAAUCUUUUUCCUAAGUGAGACCAUGGCUGUUUCAACAGGAUUUUAUAGCAAGGAAGGGGUCCCUGGCAAGGGAAACAACAAUUCCCUUUGCAUGAUAUGCACAAAGUUAUUUGACGGGAGCGAGAAGAUACAUACCCUGGUAUGCGCGCAUUCCUUCCAUGAGGAUUGCAUAAAGGGGUGGUGCUUACUCGGCAAAAAACCUUUCUGCCCAUAUUGUAAAAAGAAGAUUGAGAGUGCCUCCUUACCUCCUGAGCUAUGGCACAAGGCCGAGGUAUGGUUUUACCCGCUGAUCAAUACACUAAGAAGCUUUAUUGUCCUGACACUAGUUCUGACAGGAAUAAUCCUAUAUAAGAUAAGAUAUCAAUAA